GUGAGCCCAGGCCAGAAUGGGAGACUCCAGGGAUCUUUGCCCUCACCUUGACUCUAUAGGAGAGGUUACCAAAGAGGACUUGCUGCUCAAAUCUAAGCUGGAGUGCCGUGGUAUCAGCCUGGUUCAUAGCAACCUCGAAUCCUAGGUUCAGAUGACCCUCCUACCUCAGCCUCUCAAGUAGCUGGACUACAGGGAAGCUGUCAGUCUUGUGGUGUAACUGGACCAAACCUGUGGGCCUGUCUCCAGGCCGCCUGCCCCUAUGUUGGCUGCGGAGAGUCCUUUUCUGACCACAGCACUAUUCAUGCACAGGUGAGUGUGGCAGGCGAAGUGUGGGCUCUGCACCAGACUGCCUGAACCCAAACCCCAGCUCUGGCCACCUCCCAGCUCCACCUGCCUGCUCUGGCCUUCAUGGCGGGGCUGUCAGAUGGGGUAAUCACAGCAGGGUUGCUGUAAAGAAGCAAGAGAGGAUAAAGGUGAAAGCAUUUUGCACAUGUACUUUUUUGAUAAAUGGCAGCCUUUGGUUUUGUGAGUAAAACCCCUGUCCUGACAGGGCCUCUUACUGGGGCUGAAGAGCAGAGGCAGCCCUAGUGCUUGGGCCCCUAGUAGGCCAGUGUAUCCUUGACCUUAUUUUGGUUCUUUCCAUCGAGGCGAAAAAACACAACUUGACAGUGAAUCUGACCACAUUUCGGGUAUGGUGUUACGCCUGUGAGAAGGAGGUGUUCCUGGAGCAGCGUCUGCCAGCGCCCCUACCAGGGUCCUCCCCCAAGGUCUCAGAGCAGGUAACAGGACUCUCCACCACCCUCCCAUCCUCUGAAAGCUGUUCCUAUUGCUGUGGCUGAUGAGGGAGAGUCUGAGUCAGAAGAUGAUGACCUGAAACCUCGAGGCCUUACGGGCAUGAAAAACCUUGGGAACUCCUGCUACAUGAAUGCUGCCCUGCAGGCCCUGUCCAAUUGCCCCCCACUGACCCAGUUCUUCCUGGAGUGUGGAGGCCUGGUGCGCACAGAUAAGAAGCCGGCCCUGUGCAAGAGUUACCAGAAGCUGGUCUCUGAGGUCUGGCACAAGAAACGGCCGAGCUAUGUGGUCCCCACCAGCCUAUCUCAUGGCAUCAAGUUGGUCAACCCUAUGUUCCGAGGUUAUGCUCAACAGGACACCCAGGAGUUCCUGCGCUGCCUGAUGGACCAGCUGCACGAGGAGCUCAAAGAGCCAGCAGUGGUAGCAAUGGUGCUGACAGAGGCUCGGGACUCGGACUCGAGUGACACAGAUGAGAAGCGGGAGGGUGACCAGAGCCCGUCAGAGGAUGAGUUCCUGUCCUGCGACUCAAGCAGUGACCGGGGUGAGGGUGACGGGCAGGGUCGUGGCGGGGGCAGCUCGCAGGCUGAGGCAGAGCUGCUGAUCCCAGAUGAGGCGGGCCGCGCCAUCUCCGAAAAGGAGCGAAUGAAGGACCGCAAGCUGUCCUGGGGCCAGCAACGCACAAACUCGGAGCAAGUGGACGAGGAUGCUGAUGUGGACACGGCCAUGGCUGCCCUUAAUGACCAGCCCACAGAUGUGCAGCCACCAUCACCACAGUCCACAAGUCCCUGCCAGAUGCCAGAGCCAGACAAUGAUGCCCAGCUGCGCAGCUCCUCCCGCCCUUGCAGCCCUGUCCACCACGAGGGCCACGCCAAGCUGUCCAGCAGCCCUCCUCGUGCAAGCCCAGUGAGGAUGGGGCCAUCAUAUGUGCUGAAGAAAGCCCAGGUCAUGAGCUCUGGCAGCCGGAGGCGGAAGGAGCAGCACUACCGUAGCGUCAUCUCAGACAUCUUUGAUGGCUCCAUCCUCAGCCUUGUGCAGUGUCUCACCUGUGACCGGGUGUCCACCACAGUAGAGACAUUCCAGGACCUGUCACUGCCUAUUCCUGGCAAGGAGGACCUGGCCAAGCUCCACUCAGCCAUCUACCAGAAUGUGCCAGCCAAGCCAAGUGCCUGUGGGGACAGCUAUGCUGCCCAAGGCUGGCUGGCCUUCAUCAUGGAGUAUGUCCGAUGGUUUGUGGUAUCCUGUACACCCAGCUGGUUUUGGGGGCCUGUUGUCACUCUGGAGGACUGCCUUGCUGCCUUCUUCGCUGCUGAUGAGCUGAAGGGUGACAACAUGUACAGCUGUGAGCGGUGUAAGAAGCUGCGGAAUGGAGUAAAGUACUGCAGAGUCCUACGUUUGCCCGAGAUCCUGUGUGUUCACCUGAAGCGCUUUCGGCACGAGGUCACAUACUCGUUCAAGAUCAGCAGCCACGUCUCCUUCCCUCUGGAGGGGCUUGACCUGCGCCCCUUCCUUGCCAAGGAGUGCACAUCCCAGAUCACCACCUAUGACCUCCUCUCUGUCAUCUGCCACCAUGGCACAGCAGGCAGUGGGCACUACAUCGCCUACUGCCAGAACGUGAUUAACGGGCAGUGGUACGAGUUUGAUGACCAGUAUGUCACCGAGGUCCAUGAGACAGUUGUGCAGAAUGCCGAGGGAUAUGUGCUCUUCUACAGGAAGAGCAGUGAGGAGGCAGUGCGUGAGCGGCAGCAGGUGGUAUCCCUGGCUGCCAUGCAGGAGCCCAGCCUGCUGCGGUUCUACGUGUCCCGUGAGUGGCUCAACAAGUUCAACACCUUUGCGGAGCCGGGGCCUAUCACCAACCAGACCUUCCUCUGCUCUCACGGAGGCAUCCCACCUAACAAGUACCACUACAUUGAUGACCUGGUGGUCAUCCUGCCCCAGAACGUCUGGGAGCACCUCUACAACAGGUUUGGGGGCGGCCCCGCCGUGAACCACUUGUACGUGUGCUCCAUCUGCCAGGUGGAGAUCGAGGCGCUGGCCAAGCGCAGGAGGACAGAGAUUGACACCUUCAUCAAGCUGAACAAGGCAUUCCAGGCCGAGGAGUCCCCUGGUGUCAUCUAUUGCAUCAGCAUGCAGUGGUUCCGGGAGUGGGAGGCCUUUGUCAAGGGGAAGGACAGUGAGCCCCCUGGGCCCAUCGAUAACAGCAGGAUCGCGCAGGUCCGAGGAAGUGGCCAUGUCCAGCUGAGGCAGGGAGCUGACUAUGGGCAGAUUUCUGAGGAGACCUGGGCCUACCUGAACAACCUGUAUGGAGGUGGCCCUGAGAUCGCCAUCCGACAGAGCGUGGCCCAGCCACAGGACCCAGAGAGCUUACACGGGGAACAGAAAAUUGAAGCUGAGACCCGGGCCCUGUGACUUGUGGGCCAGCCUUGCCCACGCCAGUCACUGUCAUCGUUGUGUCCCUCAAACCUGCCUUCUUGCUGCCUCUGGCCCAGCUUUUGUUCCUGGGGCCCAGUGCUGUUCCUCUGUCAGAGGCUGUGACCUGGGGUGGAGUCACUGCUGCUUCUCAGGCGUUUUCCCCAAAGAUGUGCAGAGAAUGCUGGUUGGAGCCGGCGAGGAGCAGCUGAAAGCUUCCAGCAGUGAGGGGCUCACACCGGCCGUCCCUGGUGGCCCUGCUUCACCCCUGCAUUUCUUCCUCGUCACCAGAAAGGCUCCUGAAGUCCUGGGUGUUUGCAGCGUUUCCCACAGACUAGAGGCUAGACUCAGUGACUGGGACAGGCCAGUAGGGGCGCUCCAGAGGGAGCCGGGGUCUGGCCUCUCCUGGACGGACUGUCAUUCGCUUUGCAGCUCAGCAGACUCCCAGGGACCGAGACAAACAGAUACCUCAUGCCGCUGUCAUUUGCUGCUGCUGCAGCUUCCCUGGGUGCUGGUACUGGAGAAACAGGCUUCCCUUCCUGCUGGCUCCUGGGCUGUGCAGAGCCUCCCGCCCCAGGGCCUGCCCAGCAUACCAAAGCCGAGGCUUGUUUCCAGAGGCAUCCCAGCCCUGGGGAGCCAGGUGGGGGUUGGAGCCCUGGGACCAAGCCCCCAAAGUGCUAUGGCCUUGGGUUUCUGUGGAGGUGGGUGUUGGUGAAUUCAGCAGGUGGUUCCAGCAGAGGUGCUUCUGGGAUCUCGCUUUACCAGGGUCCUGUCCUUCCCGCCAAGGCAGGCAGCCCUCUGGGGUGUUUCUGGGCCUUGGCCACCAUCUUCUGAGAGUGGCCACCGCAGAGUCCACUGUGCAGGCUGUGCUGUGAGUGUGCCGGGUCUAACCUGUAUUCAGAGUGUUGUAAUAAACACCGAUGCGUCCCCUGCA